CUCUCCGGCUCUGCCUCCAUCCGACACGGCGCUGGAUCAGACCUGCAGGGGGGUGGGGGGCAUAAAAACACUCUGCGGAAAGAGGGGCGAUGGCCGCCGGUGGAGGAUGCGGGGAAUCGGUGGAUCAGUACCGGGCCGAGGUGGAGAGGCUGACGCAGGAGCUGGCCGAGGCCAACCGGGAGAAGAUCAGGGCUGCGGAGUGCGGGCUGGCCGUCCUGGAGGAGAACCAGGCGCUGAAGCAGAAAUAUGCAGAGCUGGAAACCGAUCAGGAGACUCUCAGGAAGGAGUUGGAGCAGCUACAGGAGGCGUUCGGCCAGGCCUACACCAACCAGCGCAAGGUGGCAGAGGAUGGGGAGACCAUUGAGGAGACGCUGCUGCAGGAGUCAGCCUCCAAGGAGGCCUACUACAUGGGCCGACUGCUGGAGCUGCAGACGGAGGUGACGCUCAGCCGCUCGGUGGCGUCCAAUGCCCAGGCGGAGAACGAGCGGCUCAACGCACUGCUGCAGGAGCUGCGGGAGAGCAACGAGAUGCUGGAGCUGCAGCGCAGCAGGAUGAGGGAGGAGAUCAAGGAGUACAAGUUCAGAGAGACCAGGCUGCUCCAGGACUACACCGAGUUGGAGGAGGAGAACAUCACCCUGCAGAAACUGGUUUCCACACUCAAGCAGAGCCAGGUGGAGUACGAGGGGCUGAAACAUGAGAUCAAAGUGCUGGAGGAGGAGACCGUGCUUCUCAACAGUCAGCUGGAAGAUGCGUUGCGCCUCAAGGAAAUCUCAGAAGGACAACUGGAGGAGGCCCUGGACGCCCUGAAGACGGAGCGCGAGCAGAAGAACAAUCUGAGGAAGGAGCUGGCCCACCACAUCAGCCUGAGCGACAGCGUCUACGGAGCAGGGGCCCAUCUAGCGCUCACUGUCACCGGAGUUGAGGGUCUGAAGUUCGCAGAGGAGACCAGCGGGACAAACGUUCCCAACGGCAGCGCCAUCCCUGCCGCUAACGGCAACAUGGAGGACAGCAACCGCUGUAACGGCCACCUGCACCACGGCCCAGGGCUGGCCAAGACGAACGGCGAUUACCGAGCGGGCCGGAAGGCAGACGGCCUGGUGCCGGACCUGUUCAGCGAGCUUAACCUGUCCGAGAUGCAGAAGCUGAAGCAGCAGCUGCUGCAGGUGGAGCGGGAGAAGGCGUCUCUGCUCAUGAACCUGCAGGAGUCGCAGACCCAGCUGCAGCACACGCAGGGCGCCCUGACGGAGCAGAACGAGCGCGUCCAUCGCCUCACCGAGCACGUCAACGCCCUGAAGCACCUCAACGCCGACAAAGAGCUCGACGACCCGCAGGAGAGCGAGAAGCCUGACGGCGGCUCCCCGUCGCCGUCUUCCAACAGCCACCACGAUCCCGACAUCCACGGCUUUGAGAUCCUGGAGUGUAAGUACAAGGUGGCGGUGACGGAGGUGAUCGACCUGAAAGCGGAGCUCAAGGCUUUGAAGGAGAAGUACAACCAGGCAGUGGAGGGGCAGGGAGACCGCCACAACGACGACCGAGUCCAGGCGCUGACUGAACAGAUUUCCCAUUUGGAGCGGAGCUGCCGUGAGAGCCGGGAGAGGGCGGCCGGCCUGGAGGCCGAGCUCCGAGCCGCGGCGAACACCGCGACGGAGAGCCAGAGCAUGCUGAACGCGGCGCAGGACGAGCUGGUGACGUUCAGCGAGGAACUGGCGCAGCUCUACCACCACGUCUGUCUCUGCAACAACGAGACUCCAAACCGCGUCAUGCUGGACUACUACCGGCAGAGCCGCAGCACGCGCAGCGGCAGCCUCAAAGGCUCGGAAGAUCCUCGAGCUUUGCUCUCUCCUCGCCUGGCCCGGCGCCUCGCUGCAGCGUCUGCCGCCUGCUCCUCUGAUUCCCUGCGCAGUCCCAUGGACUCCCCCUCCAGAGACGCCCACCACAGCAACGCGGCGAUCAACCCGGCCGACUCGUCGUCUUGCCACAGCAGCCCCAUCCACAACAUCCCCGGAUCUCCAUCCAUCAGCAUAUCCCGCUGCCCGUCUCCGGUGCCCUCAGACUCGGGCGGGGACCUGCGCAGGGAGCCGAUGAACAUCUACAACCUGAACGCCAUCAUCCGAGACCAGAUCAAGCAUCUGCAGAGGGCCGUGGAUCGCUCGCUGCAGCUGUCCAGGCAGAGAGCUGCAGCCAGAGAGCUGGCAACCAUGCUGGACAAGGACAAGGAGUCCUGCAUGGAGGAGAUCCUGAAGCUCAAGUCCCUCCUCAGCACCAAGAGAGAGCAGAUAGCCACGCUGCGGCUGGUCCUCAAGGCAAACAAACAGACAGCGGAGAAUGCCCUGGCCAACCUGAAGAGCAAGUAUGAGAAUGAGAAGGCAAUGGUGACAGAGACCAUGAUGAAGCUGAGGAACGAGCUGAAGGCGCUGAAGGAAGACGCCGCCACCUUCUCCUCUCUCAGGGCCAUGUUCGCCACAAGAUGUGACGAAUAUGUCACCCAGCUGGACGAGAUGCAGAGGCAGCUGGCUGCGGCGGAGGACGAGAAGAAGACGUUGAACUCCCUCCUGCGGAUGGCCAUCCAGCAGAAGCUGGCCCUGACGCAGCGGCUGGAGGACCUGGAGUUUGACCAUGAGCAGAUCCACCGUGGCCGCGGCGCCAAGGUGCCCAAGAUAAAAAGCAGCCCACCCAAAGUAAGUCAUUUUUUUGUAGAUUGUCAGCAGCCUUCUGCCUCAGUACCGACAUUCUCCCCACAACUAAGGCGAGGGAGAGCCUCCCUAGCCCGCAGUCGUAGAUUUUUGGAAGACCUCCAGGAAUACCAAGCGGUCCUGUCCAGCAGUCGCAGCCUUCUCUCCCCAUGCGACCCACGUAGCUGCCUGGCCCACCAGACCCACCCUCCCGGCACCUAACCCUGCCGCCCCCAGCCCAGACCCCCGGCCCUGGUCUGGUAGGAGCCAUGCAGAGGCAGAGACGGUCCUCUUCCCUGGGCCCAGCAGUCCACCGCUCGCCGGACUCUGUCCCCUCACCAAGCUCGACAUGGCCGGCUCUGGCAGGCCCCCUGGCUACCUGGGUCGUAGACGAGACGCAGGACGCGCUCCCGUCUCCUGGAUGUGGCUUCCUGCGGCGGAAACCGUAACGAGAGAACUGAACGCAGGCAGAGAUGCCACAGAUGCUGAACUGGAAUCUUUAGAUUAGUUCACACUGUCAUUUAUGAGUAAUUUAUUGACUACCUGUCGUUUAUUUGUGGGAUUUAUUAUUGCUCGUAUGUUUUCUAUCUUUCUUUUGUCUUCUAUUUUUAUAAGGAUUCAUUCCUGCUGCGGAGAAGAAGCGAUCGGUUUUAGCAGACUCACAACAUGGUCCGUUUUUAUUUAUUUUUUUGUUGUCUUCCAUCAAAAUUCAACAUAAACAGACAUUUGAUCAGACUCUUUCUAGGAAAAAAAAAGCUUGCCUAAUUGAACCAUAUAGCAUUGUUUGAAUAUAACAACCAGAAACCGUAUAGGAAGUUUUCUUUUUAUGAAAUAGCCUUUAGAGACACGGCGUAGGGCAGGUCCAGCAGAGUAACCAGGGGGAAAUCUUCGAGUUCAGCUCUUCUUCUUUUUUCUUGCAAUGCUUGUUUAUGAAUUAUUUUAACACGUUUUGAAGUUAGAUACGUAAAGACUGUUUUAUACCACUUAUUGUUUAUUUAUUGAAGCCUUAUUUUUUACAGCAGCUCCUGGUGAUGUUUGCAGCUCAGUUUGCAGAAACUGAGCAGAAUAGAUGCGUUUGGAUUUUUCCUUUUGAAUUGCACAGGUUUAAAAGACCACAGAGCGAAGGGAUCCUAGGUAGCGUACGGAGAACUCUUCAUGUUGCGUUAAGGUCCCUGUAAUGUACACGUUUGUAUUGUCCUCACUGAGUAUUUAUUGCAGUCGACCACAGCCAUGGUGAUGAUUCUUUUCCCUACUGUGAGGAAAAACGCCGCUGCCGCUUUGCUUAUUGGUUUUCACAGCUGUGUCCCUUUGCUUUUCCCAAUCAGAAUGCAGUACAGUACAAGCACAAUUCUGCACUAUGCAUUAGAGCAAUACAGCAGCAGGGCUAACAGGCUGAUCCGGGGCAAAUCUGCAUUCAAUUGUGGACCGUUUCUGUAAGUAGGCUUCCUGGAACGGUUAAACAAAGCGUUUAACUCAGUGUUCCAGACAGAAGAGGGACGACUUUAUGUGACACAAUUCAAAUAUCGUCUCUGUUUGGACACAGAGAACAUGUUGCAAAUGCUAAAAUGUUUGUAGCGCAUCUUUCUGCACCUUUCCAACAUCCGCAUCUCUUAUGUUAAAGAUCUCCUCGCUGCAUUGACUGUUUAGUUUUGCAUCACGGAGUUAAAACCUUAACCUAAAUAGCCAGAAUGAGUGGUUGUAAUGACUUAAUUUCCUGCUCAGUCUGUUCACUUGUUUUAUUUGUCUUCGUUUAACACCACAGAUAGCUACUUUUGCAACUAUGGAGUGAUGAAAACGUGUGGCUCUGAGGCAGCAGCUGAAUCCGAGCUGGCUCAUUAACCUCUCCUGGUUUGUUUGCACAACAGCAGUGGACGGAGGCAGAGAGAGAGACUCAUCGUAUCCCUAAAAACAAGCCGUGGUUUGACUGGAGGACUUGCAGUAUGCUGGAAUAUAGCGGGUUUUAUAGUUUCUCCACCAUUUGAGACAGUGUUAAACUGGUUACACAAACAAAUAAAAGAUUUGUCCUUUG